UAUUCGACAACGAUAGGAAUCUGUCACCCCUGUUUUAAAAAUGAACUCGCUCCAUGUUGACAUUCCUAAUUGACAAUAUGCAGUGAUUGACAACCAUGUAAACAUUAUAGAAAUUUCAAUCACGUGUAUUUUUUUAAAAUUUCUGAUCAGGUAAAUACUUUUGUGUAAAAAAAAUGACUUAAAGUGCACAGGAUUUGUUUUAUUGUUAUGGUUUGGUCAGUGUGUAAUCAUAAACUAAAUGCUCAGAAAACAGUUGUGUGGAAGAAGUUUUUGAAGUUUUAAUGGACUUCCAGAUAAAUAAAACUGGUCUUUCAAAUACUUAAUUAUGGGGUCUGGUUCAAGUAAAGAGAAAUCCCCACCUGUUCAUAAUGUACAACCUAGAAGGGCUGACAAUGUAUCGAAAGGAAAUAAACCAUUAAAAAACAACCAAUCGGAUAGAAAUGUAACACAAGAUUCUAAACAAAGUGUGAAAACUGAUAUAAAAAAGAGUAACAUUAAUGAUAGUCGAACAGUUCAAAAUAAUGUGACUGCUAAUGGCAAAAAUAACUCAACAUUCCAAAGAAAACCCGCAGAAAAUGUGAACAGUAAAAAACAAAUGGAACUCGGCUCUUUUGAAAGUGAUUCUGAAGGAGAAGAUAUAGACGCUGUGUUAGAAGCAACGAAAAACGAAUACAACCGAAACCAAGAACAACGAUUAAGAAAUAAUAACAAUGAACAAGUCAGUUAUCCAGAGACUUAUGCUCAGAGAUUACAACGAGAACAGUACAAGCAUGAGCCUCGACUUGGGCUCGCUCGACAAAAAACCAUCUACAGAAAUCCAGAAGAAUGGGAAAUUCAAGAGAUUUUAGAUUUAAAUAUGAAAGAGGUGGAGAACUUUGAUGUGUCCAGAUUUAAGCAGGCAAAUGUUCACAAAGCCCCACCAGUACAGAGUGAUGUCGAUGAUAUAUAUUCGCCACGAGAACCCAGUGAACCUGUGAUGUACAGUAGCUCCAUUGAGAGACAGAAGUCCUUGCCACACUACGACACCUCUGAGGAAAUGUUGUUGGCCGAGAUAGAGCAGGAUUUUUGACCUCCCCGACUGCCUGGCAACUGGUUGCUAUGGAGAUUGAAAGAGAAUACAACUUUGACAUCUCAUCUGUUUGACAUUUCCUGGCAACAUGGGGACUCGGAAACUAAAUCAACCUUAUGUACCUGAAAUGCUGUGUUUGCUCACAUUGUCACUAAGGAUACUGAUAGAGAGUUGGACCCUUGACCUCCAAUUCAUGACAUUGACCUUCAAGACUAUGUUGUUAGAAGAUGAUCAUUGAAAUGCCAUUAUACAUCAAGACUUUCUUUCUCCUUCCACAGAAAUACAAUUCAACUUUUGACCUUCCUCAAUUAAGACAUUUCUGUAGCCAUGGAAACAAAAAAAGAGCAUCAGUGUUUAUUCACAUGUUCCCUAGCUAUAUUGCCCGGGAAAGCUUUGCAACAGGGAAGGACAUUUGACUUUCACUUCAGUUGUUCUGGAUUUAUGUUCAUAAAAGAUACACUCUACACAUACAGCAUAUUCAAUCAGGUUUUUGCUACAUUCAGGAAUAGAGACUUAUACUAUUGUAGUCUGUUUCUUUGCAGGCAAGAUUGCAGUCGCCCGACCCGGGGUUCUUUCAGUAGAACAAGACAGGUCUGGAAUUAUUUUUAUGACUGAGCAAUGACUUUACUUAAAUAUAACAUAUCUUUUUGUCUGCUUGUUUGUUUUUUCACUUGAGUUGAUAUGUUUUUGGUUAGUUGGUUAGUUGGUCGGGCGACAGCUAUCAAAUCUUUUUCUAAAGGAUGCCCUAAUGGUUGUAUAAUUGUUUAAAAAUUUAAACUCUUAAUAUUUAGUAACUUGUUGAAAAGAUUGACCAUUUAAAACUGGAAAUAAUAAGUUUGAAUAGAUUUAAAGCUUUUAAGAUAAAUGCAAUCAAUUUAUUAAACUUAACAGAAAAAUUGUGUUGUAAUGUCAAUAUGCACUUGAAAGAAUCCGGAAACUAUACAGCUAUUUUUACACAGCAAGCUAUUUUUAUAAACUUCUUUCAGUUCUGCACAAUACGUUAUUGUUUUUCACUGCUGAAAUUUUGUUCAAUAACUUGUUAUUUUAGUGUCAUUGUUUUAUCAUGAUGUAUGUACUUGUCUUCCAUUAGACAUUAGUCGACUUAUUGGUAAUCUAUUUUUUUCUGUUAUAAAACUGUAAAAUGUUCUAUAUUUGUGAGAUUCCUAUCAUAAGUUCUCUUAACCCUUUGCAUGCUGGGUAAAUUGUCGUCUGCUCAAAAAUGUCGUCUGGUUUACUCUAAAUUUCUUUCAAUUUACUUAAAACUUUGGGGAUAUAUUGACUGAGUGGCAAACAGCUUGGAACCUGACCAGACGCCGAGUUACUCGGUGUCUGGUCUGGUUCCAAGCUGUUUGCAAAGCCUUUAGAAUUGCCAU